GUUUUUAGCUAGGAAUUGAGUGGUUCUCCUUCUCCCUCAACAACUGUUUGAGAAUGGUUGACUUGAGAAUGGAGUGCGACUACCAUUGGCCAACUUCAGUGCUUAGGGACCACAAUCGUUUUAGAGAGUUGGUUUCGGGUGCGACCCAGACGCACAGUUUCUAAAAUAAUGACCGAGAGUGAGCAAAUCGUCUACAUCAGCUGCAUAGAGGAGGUACGAUACUCCUUCGUCAGCCACCUCUCCAAAGCUCUCCAGCGAAAAGGUGUAAACGAUGUCUUCAUCGAUAGCGAUGAUUCGCUUUCCAACGAGUCUCAAUCAAUGGUCGAGAGAGCUAGGGUUUCUGUUAUGAUUUUACCAGGAAACCGUACGGUAUCUCUUGACAAGCUCGUGAAGGUUCUCGAUUGCCAGAAGAACAAAGAUCAAGUGGUGGUUCCGGUGUUGUACGGUGUCAGAUCAUCAGAGACCGAAUGGCUUAGCGCGCUGGAUUCGAAAGGAUUCUCAUCAGUACACCAUUCCAGGAAAGAAUGUAGUGACUCCCAGCUUGUAAAAGAGACUGUUAGAGAUGUGUAUGAGAAGCUCUUUUAUAUGGAACGAAUUGGAAUAUAUUCGAAGCUGCUGGAGAUUGAGAAAAUGAUUAACAAGCAACCGUUGGACAUCCGUUGUGUUGGAAUUUGGGGUAUGCCUGGCAUAGGCAAGACUACACUUGCUAAAGCAGUCUUUGACCAAAUGUCUGGUGAGUUUGAUGCUCAUUGCUUUAUUGAAGACUACACCAAAGCUAUUCAAGAGAAGGGUGUUUAUUGUUUGCUGGAGGAACAGUUUUUGAAAGAAAAUGCUGGUGCUAGUGGUACCGUUACGAAAUUGAGCUUGCUUAGGGAUAGAUUAAACAAUAAGAGGGUUCUUGUUGUUCUUGAUGAUGUCCGCAGUCCUCUGGUUGUGGAGUCUUUUCUUGGAGGGUUUGACUGGUUUGGUCCCAAAAGUCUAAUCAUCAUAACCUCCAAAGAUAAAUCGGUGUUUCGCCUUUGUCGAGUCAAUCAAAUAUACGAGGUUCAGGGUUUAAAUGAGAAAGAGGCUCUUCAACUCUUCUCUUUGUGUGCGUCUAUAGACGAUAUGGCAGAGCAGAAUCUCCACGAGGUGUCAAUGAAAGUUAUUAAAUAUGCUAAUGGCCAUCCAUUAGCUCUCAAUCUCUAUGGCAGAGAACUGAUGGGGAAGAAAAGACCACCAGAAAUGGAGAUAGCAUUCCUCAAACUCAAGGAAUGUCCUCCAGCUAUUUUUGUUGAUGCAAUCAAGAGCUCGUAUGACACACUCAAUGACAGGGAAAAAAACAUUUUUUUGGACAUAGCUUGUUUCUUCCAGGGAGAAAAUGUUGACUACGUGAUGCAACUGCUUGAGGGUUGUGGUUUCUUUCCACAUGUUGGAAUUGAUGUUCUUGUGGAGAAGAGUCUGGUGACUAUUUCAGAAAACCGAGUGCGGAUGCAUAACUUGAUCCAAGAUGUUGGCCGACAAAUAAUAAAUAGAGAAACAAGACAGACUAAGAGGCGCAGCAGACUGUGGGAACCUUGCAGCAUCAAAUAUUUAUUAGAAGAUAAGGAACAAAACGAAAAUGAAGAACAAAAAACAACUUUUGAACGUGCUCAGGUCCCUGAAGAGAUCGAAGGCAUGUUUCUGGACACAUCAAACUUAAGUUUUGAUAUUAAGCAUGUUGCCUUUGAUAAUAUGUUGAACCUUAGAUUGUUCAAGAUUUACAGUUCCAAUCCUGAAGUCCAUCAUGUAAACAAUUUCCUCAAAGGCUCUCUCAGUUCUCUUCCUAAUGUGCUAAGACUCCUGCAUUGGGAGAACUAUCCUCUGCAGUUUCUGCCUCAAAAUUUUGAUCCUAUACACCUUGUUGAAAUCAACAUGCCGUACAGCCAACUUAAGAAACUUUGGGGUGGAACCAAGGACCUGGAGAUGUUGAAGACAAUCAGGCUUUGUCAUUCCCAACAACUAGUUGAUAUUGACGAUCUUUUAAAAGCUCAAAAUCUUGAGGUAGUUGAUCUCCAAGGCUGUACAAGACUGCAGAGUUUCCCAGCCACCGGUCAAUUGCUACAUUUACGAGUUGUAAAUCUCUCAGGUUGCACAGAGAUCAAAAGUUUCCCAGAAAUUCCCCCAAAUAUUGAGACACUGAAUCUACAGGGGACUGGUAUAAUAGAAUUACCACUUUCCAUUGUUAAGCCAAACUACAGAGAGCUUUUGAAUCUUCUAGCUGAAAUCCCGGGUCUUUCAGGUGUCUCAAACCUUGAGCAAAGUGAUCUCAAACCUUUAACAAGCCUGAUGAAAAUUAGCACAUCUUACCAAAAUCCUGGCAAGCUUAGUUGCUUGGAGCUGAAUGAUUGUUCUCGUUUGCGAAGUCUGCCAAACAUGGUUAAUUUAGAACUUCUCAAAGCCCUUGAUCUUUCUGGUUGCUCAGAGCUCGAGACUAUCCAGGGUUUCCCACGGAACCUGAAAGAGUUAUAUCUUGUUGGCACUGCAGUAAGACAAGUGCCACAACUUCCUCAAAGUCUAGAAUUCUUUAAUGCCCAUGGUUGUGUCUCUCUCAAAUCAAUUCGUUUGGACUUCAAGAAGCUUCCUGUGCAUUACACAUUUAGUAAUUGUUUCGAUCUAUCUCCACAAGUGGUCAACGAUUUUUUAGUGCAGGCGAUGGCUAAUGUGAUUGCAAAACACAUACCAAGAGAGCGUCAUGUCACAGGCUUUUCUCAAAAGACUGUGCAGCGUUCGAGUCGUGACAGUCAGCAGGAACUCAACAAAACUUUGGCUUUCAGCUUCUGUGCGCCCUCACAUGCGAAUCAAAAUUCCAAACUUGAUCUGCAACCAGGAUCUUCUUCAAUGACACGACUAGAUCCUUCUUGGAGGAACACACUUGUGGGCUUUGCUAUGCUGGUGCAAGUCGCAUUUUCCGAGGGUUACUGUGAUGAUACUGAUUUUGGCAUUAGUUGUGUUUGCAAAUGGAAAAACAAGGAAGGCCACUCUCAUAGGAGAGAAAUAAAUUUGCAUUGUUGGGCUUUAGGGAAAGCUGUUGAAAGGGAUCAUACGUUUGUCUUCUUUGAUGUCAACAUGCGUCCAGAUACCGAUGAAGGAAAUGACCCCGAUAUCUGGGCUGAUUUAGUUGUUUUUGAGUUCUUUCCUGUCAAUAAACAGAGAAAGCCUCUAAAUGAUAGUUGCACAGUGACAAGAUGUGGAGUCCGUUUAAUAACUGCUGUAAACUGCAAUACAAGUAUCGAGAAUAUAUCACCAGUUUUGUCCUUGGAUCCGAUGGAGGUUUCUGGUAAUGAAGAUGAAGAAGUAUUGAGAGUCAGAUAUGCUGGUUUACAGGAGAUAUAUAAAGCUUUGUUUCUUUACAUAGCGGGUUUGUUCAAUGACGAGGAUGUUGGUUUGGUAGCACCACUUAUUGCUAACAUUAUUGACAUGGACGUUAGUUAUGGGCUCAAGGUCUUAGCCUAUAGGUCUCUCAUACGUGUAUCUUCCAAUGGGGAAAUAGUGAUGCACUAUUUGCUACGACAAAUGGGUAAAGAAAUCCUCCAUACAGAAUCAAAGAAGACUGACAAAUUAGUCGACAAUAUUCAGAGUUCCAUGAUCGCAACAAAGGAAAUCGAGAUCACUCGUUCAAAGAGUCGCCGAAAGAACAACAAGGAAAAGAGAGUGGUUUGCGUAGUGGAUCGAGGCAGCCGGUCCAGUGACCUAUGGGUUUGGCGAAAGUAUGGUCAAAAACCCAUCAAAAGUUCUCCUUAUCCAAGGAGUUACUAUAGAUGUGCCAGCUCGAAAGGUUGUUUUGCUAGGAAACAAGUCGAACGUAGCCGCACUGAUCCAAAUGUUUCAGUAAUUACUUACAUCUCUGAGCAUAACCAUCCAUUCCCCACUCUACGCAAUACUCUUGCCGGCUCCACUCGUUCCUCUUCCUCCAAAUGCUCAGAUGUAACUACUUCUGCCUCAUCGACAGUCUCCCAAGACAAAGAAGGACCGGAUAAAUCCCAUUUGCCUUCCUCCCCUGCUUCUCCUCCUUAUGCGGCCAUGGUGGUUAAGGAGGAGGACAUGGAGCAAUGGGACAAUAUGGAGUUCGAUGUUGACGUUGAAGAAGAUACUUUCAUACCCGAAUUAUUUCCAGAGGAUACCUUCGCUGAUAUGGACAAGCUUGAGGAAAAUUCUCAGACUAUGUUUCUCUCUCGCAGAAGCAGCGGAGGCAACAUGGAAGCCCAAGGGAAGAACUCUAGUGAUGAUAGGGAGGUCAAUUUACCUAGUAAAAUUCUGAAUAGAUAGUUACUAUUAUGCAAUGUUAAUAAUAAUCUGUUUGAUUUUUUAACAUUUGUUCGGACAUCCAAACCUGUGGGACACAAUUUAUUACUUUAAAGAUAAUAUAUC